GGGCCCCUCCCCCGAACCGCGCGAGCCCCGCACGCGGCAGGGCCGGGCGCGCGCCGCCUCGCGCGGUCGCAGCCGUGACGUAGCGCGGGGCACUGGCGCAUGCGCGGGGCGGGCGGCCGGGGCGGGCGGCGAUGGCGGCGGCGCGGUCCCGCGCAGGUUGCAGUUACAGAAGAUAGACACCCAGGAGAUUCUACCUUCUGCCAUGGCUCAGUUUGGAGGACAGAAAAAUCCCCCUUGGGCUACUCAGUUUACAGCCACUGCGGUGUCUCAGCCAGCUGCCCUGGGCGUGCAGCAGCCCUCGCUGCUGGGAGCCUCCCCGACCAUCUACACGCAGCAGACGGCGCUGGCAGCCGCGGGGCUGACCACACAGACCCCCACCAACUACCAGCUGACGCAGACCGCCGCGCUCCAGCAGCAGGCGGCAGCCGCGGCCGCGGCCCUGCAGCAGGUAAAGCACACACAGCGGCCGGCGCUCCCCGAGCUCCGUAAAGCUCAAGGAUCCAGGAGGAAAGGAGAAUGGCAAAUGCAAUAUUCACAACCUCAGCAGACUCUCUAUAGUGUACAGCAACAGUUGCAGCAACCUCAGCAGACCCUUUUAACUCAGCCAGCAGUGGCGCUCCCGACCAGCCUGAGCCUGUCCACGCCGCAGCCGGCAGCGCAGAUCACUGUCUCCUACCCGGCUCCCCGCUCCAGCCAGCAGCAGACCCAGCCCCAAAAGCAGCGUGUCUUCACCGGUGUGGUCACCAAGCUGCACGACACAUUUGGCUUUGUGGAUGAAGAUGUCUUCUUUCAGCUUAGUGCCGUUAAAGGAAAGACCCCUCAGGUGGGUGACAGAGUUUUGGUAGAAGCUACUUACAACCCUAACAUGCCAUUCAAAUGGAACGCCCAGAGGAUCCAGACCCUGCCGAACCAGAACCAGAGCCAGGCGCAGCCGCUGCUGAAGACGCCGCCGGCCGUCCUGCAGCCCCUCGCUCAGCAGACCUUCGGCGUCCAGGCACAGCCACAGCCGCAGUCCCUGCUGCAGGCGCAGAUCUCAGCAGCCUCCAUCACGCCUCUGCUCCAGACGCAGCCGCAGCCGCUGCUGCAGCAGCCGCAGCAGAAAGGUGCUCCUUCAGUGCGCGCCUCCCUGGGGGUCGCUCCGGUGCCUAGUGGUUUGUUGCAGCCCCCAGUCCGUCUGGUUUCACAGCCACAACCAGCUCGAAGGCUAGAGCCACCAUCCAGAUUUUCUGGGAGGAAUGACCGAGGUGGAGACCCUAUGCCAAACCGAAAAGAUGACAGGAGCCGUGAAAGAGAACGGGAGAGGCGCAGGUCCCGGGAGAGGUCUCCGCAGAGGAAACGCUCGCGAGAGAGGUCGCCCAGGCGGGAGCGGGAGAGGUCCCCGCGCAGGCCCCGGCGCGUCGUUCCCCGGUACACGGUUCAGUUCUCCAAGUUCUCCUUGGACUGCCGUAGCUGUGAUAUGAUGGAGCUGAGGAGGCGUUACCAGAACUUGUAUAUCCCGAGCGAUUUCUUUGAUGCUCAGUUUACAUGGGUGGAUGCUUUUCCUAUGUCUAGACCAUUUCAGCUGGGAAACUACUGUAAUUUCUAUGUAAUGCAUAGAGAAGUAGAUCCUAUAGAUAAGAACGCUGCUGUCCUUGAUCCACCUGAUGCUGAUCAUCUCUACAGUGCUAAGGUGAUGUUGAUGGCUAGUCCUAGCAUGGAGGAUCUCUACCACAAGUCGUGUGCUCUGGCUGAGGAUCCCCAAGAGCUUCGUGAUGGAUUUCAGCAUCCUGCUAGACUUGUAAAGUUUUUAGUGGGUAUGAAAGGCAAAGAUGAAGCUAUGGCUAUUGGAGGACACUGGUCCCCAUCACUGGAUGGACCUGAUCCAGAAAAGGACCCUUCGGUGCUGAUAAAGACGGCAAUUCGUUGUUGCAAGGCUCUUACAGGGAUUGACUUAAGUGUGUGCACGCAAUGGUACCGUUUUGCAGAGAUUCGCUACCAUCGCCCUGAGGAGACCCACAAGGGGCGUACAGUUCCAGCUCAUGUGGAGACAGUGGUUUUAUUUUUCCCGGAUGUUUGGCAUUGCCUUCCCACCCGCUCAGAGUGGGAAACCCUCUCCCGAGGAUACAAGCAGCAGCUGGUCGAGAAGCUUCAGGGUGAACGCAAGGAGGCUGAUGGAGAACAGGAUGAAGAGGAAAAGGAUGAUGGGGAAGCUAAAGAGAUCUCUACGCCUACACACUGGUCUAAACUGGAUCCAAAAACAAUGAAGGUAAAUGACCUUCGCAAAGAGUUAGAAAGUCGAACCCUUAGCUCUAAGGGGCUGAAAUCUCAGCUGAUAGCUCGACUGACAAAGCAGCUGAAAGUGGAGGAGCAAAAAGAAGAGCAAAAGGAGCUAGAGAAGUCUGAGAAGGAAGAGGAAGAGGAGGAGGAUAGGAAAUCUGAAGAUGAUAAAGAGGAAGAGGAAAGAAAGCGCCAGGAGGAGCUGGAGCGUCAGCGGCGCGAGCGGCGCUACAUCCUGCCGGAUGAGCCGGCCAUCAUCGUGCACCCGAACUGGGCAGCCAAGAGCGGCAAGUUCGACUGCAGCAUCAUGUCUCUGAGUGUUCUUCUGGACUACAGAUUAGAAGAUAAUAAAGAGCAUUCCUUCGAGGUGUCAUUGUUUGCAGAACUCUUCAAUGAAAUGCUUCAGAGAGAUUUUGGUGUCAGAAUUUACAAAGCACUGAUUUCUCUCCCAGAGAGAGAGGACAAAAAGGACAAGAAAAGCAAAAAAGAUGAGAGGAAAGAAAAAAAAGAAGAAAAAGAUGAUGAAACAGAUGAUCCAAAACCUAAGAGAAGAAAAUCUGGAGAUGAUAAAGAUAAAAAAGAAGAGAGAGAGGAAAAGAAGAGGGAAGAUAAAAGGAAAGAUGAUUCUAAAGAUGAAGAAGAAGCUGAAGAUGACAAUAAUCAAGAAGAAUACGAUCCAAUGGAGGCAGAAGAGGCUGAAGAUGAAGAUGAAGAAUGCAGACCACUCGCAACUCCCAUUGAAGUCAGUAGGAGAUACCGGGAUGAAGAGGACGGGAACAAACGGGAGGACAGAAAAGAGGGAAAUAAGCAUUGUAAAGAGAGGGCGUCUAAAGAUAAAGAGAAAGACAAGACCCAGAUGGUAACUGUUAACAGGGAUCUCCUGAUGGCUUUUGUUUAUUUUGAUCAAAGUCAUUGUGGAUACCUUCUGGAGAAGGACAUGGAGGAGAUCCUGUACACUCUUGGACUACACCUGUCACGUGCUCAGGUCAAGAAGCUGCUUAAUAAAGUAGUGCUUCGAGAAUCUUGCUUUUACAGAAGACUAACAGAUACUUCUAAAGAUGAAGAAAACCAAGAAGAGUCUGACGAGCUACAGGAAGAUAUGUUAGGAAACCGCCUGCUGCUGCCGUCGCCCGCCGUGAAGCAGGAGAGCAAAGCCGUGGAGGAGAACGUGGGGCUCAUCGUGUACAACGGGGCCAUGGUGGACGUGGGCAGCCUCCUGCAGAAGCUGGAGAAGAGCGAAAGGGUGCGCGCAGAGAUAGAGCAAAAGCUGCAGCUGCUGGAAGAAAAAACAGAUGAGGAUGAAAAAACCAUACUACAACUGGAGAAUUCUAACAAAAGUCUAUCUGCGGAGCUAAAAGAAGUAAAAAAGGACCUUGGCCAACUGCAAGAAAACUUGAAGACCUCAGAUGAUAAAAAAUUGCAAUUUGAGGGUCAGCUGAAUAAGACAAUCAAAAAUUUAGCUACUGUUAUGGAUGAAAUACAGAGUGUUCUCAAACAGGACAUUGUGAAGAACGAAGAUAAAGAUCAGAAAUCCAAAGAAAACGGAGCCAACGUAUGAUAAACUGCUGCUGUCUAGAAGAAUGGUGUUACAUAAUGUAAUAUAAAUCAUGAUACCAGAAUGUAUGGGAAGUGAUGCAUGUUUGAUUUCAGUAGUAUAAAUAUCUUAGUUCCAAAAGAUGUAUAAAGUUUUAUGAAUGUGAGUGUCUGCUCCAGAAGAUUGCUUGUAAUUCUUAGCAUUCAAUUUGAGACACUCCUCAAGUGAAAAUAAUUUUGCAUUGCGAAAAGUUUUAGGAUGAACUUUGUUACAGUUUUAACCCUAAUAAAGUUCAUCAACAUAAUGAACAGUAGCAAGUAUUUAAUUACCAAAUGUUUUUCAUUGAAGUCUAGUGAAAUCAAAAUUUUCAUUAUUUAUAGACUUGCCAUUUUUAGGUUUUUGUCUUUAUUUCGGUCUAAUUAGUCUUUUUAAAUUCAAAUAUAAAUCACAAAAUAGCAUGCUGCUUAAUUUUACAAGUAAAGUUUUUUUUUAAAAAAAGCUUCUUGGAUUUUUUUUUGUUUUCACUUGUCACAACUUUUUUUCCCUUCCAAAUAUAACUUUCUUCCCCAAAGCUGCUUGUAUUAAAGCCUUGUAAUAUACAGUAGUUUGGAUGAGUUAAGAAAGCAAUAGAAACCUACCAAAAUACUGGUAGAGUUGUGAGAUUUAUGUGAAAAUACAUGGGCCUGUUUUAAAUGUGUGUCAUUUGUGUUGGUUAAAUUGUUCUUAUCUUUGGAUUAAUAUAUAUACUCCUUUUUAAUAACAAAUGCAGUAUAUGAGGACAUACGGUUGGAUGCCAGGCCAGUAGAUGUCAGAAUAAUGCCUUACUUGGAGAAAAAGGUGCCAGUGUGAACAGCUUGGGUAAAUUUGGACUGACAAAGUGUGUGAUUACUGCUAAGACCUCAGUCCAACAAAGAAAUGGAUCCACAAUACUGCAUAUUGUCAUUACAAAGGAGCAGGACACAACCUGGUUUGUUGAGAGUGGGGAAGAUGGCCUUUCUUUGUGUUCACAGAUCACCAGAGAUCGAAACUCACGAGUUAAUGCGACUUCCUUGUCAAAGACAACUUACUCAAAGAACGUGAAAUAUCAACAGUUGCAUUUUGGUGCAACUUUCAGGAAAAUUAAGGGGUUUGAAAGUUGAGACAGAAGUGUUUUCUUACAGAAAUGCUUAAUUUUAGCAAAGGUUUUCUUUUUUAGCCUAGAUGUCCUAGGUAACUAAAUACCUGUUAGGAAAGUCCAAGUGCCAUAAUAUGUAUGAAUAACCUACAUGGAAACUCAUGUAGCUUUAACGAGAUACACAUUAAAAUGCCUGAAUUCAUGUUCAAAA